CAGCAAACUUCAUACGAUUCGUCGUAUAUGUCAAUCCGAAGCAAGUGUGUGAUUGAUAAUAAACGUUUCGAUUAAUGUAACAUUUAGUAUAAGAAAUUGAAUGGAAAAGCGAUUGGGACCGGUUAAAUUUGAUUUUAUUUUGUGUGAUUUGUAAAAAUCAGUGAGUAAAAAUAUGUCACUGUAUAAAUUUGCAUCGAUAUCACGGUAUUGUGCGUCUCGCACCGUUCUUUCAACCGAUAGGCGACUUAUUGUGAACAAUGUUCGUGGUUUUAUCAGAAAUCGCGGCGGCAAUGAAGAAACACCAAGAUCAAAACAAUACCUUAAAGCAUUGCUGAAUGGUGUUGGUGUUGGUCUUGCCGUUGGCAUUGGUCAUGCCGUGUACACAUCAUACAAAAGCAAAGAUGCCCAUUUGGUGCAUGAACGCACCGAAGCAUUUGUGUUGGACGAAUUACCGAAUGUGAAAAUUAUUCGCAAAAUUGUGAAUACCAAGGACAACCAUAAUUUGGAUCUAGUGCUGUUUCAAUAUCAGACGUGCCCAUUCUGUUGUAAAGUCCGAGCUUUUCUGGAUGGAAAUCAAUUUUCCUAUUCAGUCGUUGAGGUUGAUGCCGUGCUGCGUCAAGACAUCAAAUGGUCACCAUACAAAAAGGUUCCCAUGCUGUUGGCACGCACCAAAGAUGGCAAAUACAUUCAAUUGGGCGAUUCGAGCAUGAUUGUUUCCGUAUUGUCAAGCUACUUAAUCGAUCCAUCGUUGGAUGUCAGUGAAUAUGCUAAACUCUAUCCAAGUAUCUCUUAUAUGAAUGACGAAGGCAAGAAGAUUCACGAUAUUCUCAACAAAUACCAUUUGAUCUAUGGCGAAAAAAUCCCGAAAAACAAGAGCAAAGAUGAUCUGGAUUCGGAGCGAAAAUGGCGUGAAUGGACCGAUAAGCAUUUCAUUCAUUUGAUUUCACCGAAUGUGUAUCGUACGAAAGAUGAAGCGUUCCAAACGUUUGAAUGGUUUGCAAAAACGUCUGGCUGGGAUGAAUUCUUUCCGCGAUGGGAACGCAAUUUGAUGGUUUAUGUCGGUGCAACAGCCAUGUAUUUAAUAAGUAAACGCUUGAAGAAACGACACAAUCUGCAUGAAGAUGUGAGACAAGACAUUUAUGCGGCAUGCAACAAUUGGACGGCCGAAUUGAAUAAGCGUAAAUCGAAAUUUUUGGGCGGUGACAAACCAAAUUUAGCCGAUUUAUCGCUGUACGGAGCAUUAACGAGCAUGGAAGGAUGUCAAGCAUUUUCGGAUAUUUUAACGCAUACAUCGAUCGAACCAUGGUUCCAAGCGGUUAAGAAACAUGUUACCAUCAACCGAGGCGAAGUUUUUAAUUUAUUACAAGUUCAAUAGAAGAUGAAGAAAUUUUGUUUUUAGCUUAAAUGCAAAGAAAAAUAAAUAAACUGCAAAUCCAAUGAAA